AUGGUUGCAGCCAGGAUCUGCCAGUUCUACAAGAACGCCUACCGCUUCGCCACCAUGUACGACAGAGAGAAGCGCAUUCCGAUGUACUCGGCUUAUAAGUGCAAAUCUGGAAACGGUCAGAGGUAUCAAGGCUGGAUGAUAGAACCUCAGCUGGUAGAUCCCAAUUUAGAAAAAAGUAUGGAGGACGAGCGUGAUACUAACAUUCCUUCGGCAGGGAUAAAACAGAACCAGGCCACUUUCAGUGAUUACGCAGGGACUUUAAACACUGAAAAGGGGCAUUUGAACCCGGUCAGCCAUCAGCCCGACGAAGACAGCAGGGCGGCGACGUCCACCUUGACCAACAUCGUGCCGCAGUACAGCAAACUCAACCAAGGCGAGUGGGCGAACUACGAAAGCCGGGUCAAGAAAGAAGCCGAGGCUUGCCGUGAUCUGUAUGUCAUCGUGGGAGCGGUGCCUGGCAGCGAGUACGUAUCGGAUCGCAGGGUCAAUAAGCCCAGCCACAUCUGGUCCGCAACUUGUUGUCUGCUGGACAGGAACCGCAGAGAUUCCUGGGGUGCCAUUGCUAAGAACAGUGAGAAUAAAGUGAGGGAAACCAGCCUGGGAGACCUCCAGAAAGAGCUCGCUGAACUGUAUGGGAAGGGGAAGGUGGAUCUUUUCAACAGCGGUUGCAAAUAG